GUUCUCAAUCUUUCCUCUAUACCGCCACCCCUCCAUUCCCUCCAUCCCCUCCUACUCAUUUCCUAGUUCGUGAUAAUCAAAAGAUGGAUCCCAACUUCGUUCAAGGACUGCACAAUCUACUGGUUCAGACCACCUCUAACGAUACCAAUCAACUCAAAGCUGCCACGGCGACUCUGAAUCAAGAGUACUACAAAAAUCCAGCAUGCAUAUCUGCACUUGCCAGUAUCAUAACGAGCUCACCAGAACAAGCGGUACGCCAGCUUGCAGCUGUCGAGAUGAGAAAACGUGUAUCCUACAGCAGUGGCACACUUUGGUUGGCUCUGCCUCAAGGCGAACGUGAACAGAUAAAAAAUAAGUUUCCAGAACUGAUACUCGCUGAGUCGAGCAAUUUAGUCCGUCAUUCAGCCGCGCGAGUAGUUGCUGCCAUUGCUGCCAUCGAACUUCCAGCGGGAACAUGGAAUCAACUCCUUCCUUUCCUUCAACAAGCCUCAAUCUCCUCGAAUCUCUCCCACCGUGAAGUUGGCGUCUACAUGCUCUUUACCUCCCUCGAGCACGUUGUUGACGGCUUCCAAGGUCAACUUUCCUCUCUCUUCCAGCUCUUCUCGCGGACCUUGAGUGAUCCUGAGAGUAUUGAAGUGAGGAUAACGACCGUCAAAGCUUUGGGUGCCAUUGCUCAGUUGAUCGACAGCGAUGACAAGGAAUACCUAGCACAAUUUCAGGCACUACUUCCUGCUAUGAUUCAAGUUAUCGGCCAGACGGUCGAGACUGCCAAUGAAAGUGGUGCUCGUCAGUUGUUCGAUGUCCUCGAGACCCUCCUCAUUCUCGAAGUUCCCAUCCUCAGCAAGAACAUUGCAGACCUGGUCGAUUUCUUACUUCGCUGUGGUGGUAACAGGGGCUAUGAAACUGACUUGAGAGUUCUUGCUCUCAAUGCUUUGAACUGGACCGUUCAAUACAAAAAAUCUAAGCUCCAGAGCGCCAACCUUGCUCCUAGGAUGCUUGAGCUUCUGAUGCCCGUAACUACCGAAGAAGAGCCAGAGGAUAUCGACGAGGAUGCUCCUUCUCGCUCCGCAUUACGCAUUAUCGAUGGUCUUUCUACCAACCUUCCUCCCGGUCAAGUCUUCCCUGCUCUUCGCACACUCAUCCUACAGUACUUCUCCAGUCAAGAACCAUCUCAGCGUCGUGGGGCAAUGCUCGCCUUAGGUAUCGCUGUCGAGGGAUGCAGCGAAUACAUGACGCCCCUAAUGGGAGAAGUUUGGCCCGUUGUCGAGGCUGGACUGCAUGACGGAAAUGCCACUGUUCGUAAAGCAACCUGCGUAGCUGUCAGCUGCUUCUGCGAAUGGUUGGAAGAAGAGUGUGUCUCGAAGCACACCACUUUGGUUCCCGCUAUCAUGAACCUCAUUAAUGACCCCGAAACUCAACGUUCUGCCUGUACCGCUCUUGAUGCUCUCCUCGAGGUCCUCCACGACGUUAUUGAUCAAUACCUCCAACUCAUCAUGGAGAGGCUUUCUGGCCUCCUGGAAACUGCUCCUCUGCCUGUCAAAGCCGUUGUCACAGGUGCUAUUGGCAGUGCCGCCCAUGCCUCGAAGGAUCGCUUCAUUCCCUUCUUCCAUCCUACCAUGGAACGUCUUCAACAUUUCCUCGUUCUCAAAGCCGAGGGCGAGGAGAUUGAGUUGAGAGGAAUUACCAUGGAUGCCGUUGGCACGUUCGCCGAGGCCGUUGGCAAGGACUUAUUCAGACCUUAUUUCGCGACGAUGAUGAAGCAGGCGUUCGAGGGUGUCGAGAUGGGUAGUGCAAGAUUGAGGGAAUGUAGUUUCUUGUUCUUCGGUGUGAUGGCGCGCGUCUUCGGUGAAGAGUUCGCAGGAUAUUUACCCCAGGUUGUUCCUCCUCUCGUGCAAAGUUGCAAGCAAGCAGAAGGCGGUGAAGAGAUUUCUGUCUCUGAAGCCUCCUCCGCGUUCAACUCUGGCAACACUCCUGCUAAUGCCAUUGCUAUUGGUGAUGAGCGUGACGUGAAUGGCAUGCCCACCGCUGAGCUCGAGGACGUGGAUCUCGACAAGCUCAUGGACGUCAACAGCGCUAUUGCUGUUGAGAAGGAGAUUGCCGCUGACACCAUCGGCACGCUCUUCUCUGCAACGCGCGACCACUUCUUACCUUACGUCGAGCAAAGCACGUUAGAGUUGGUGAGCCUGCUUCUCCACUACUACGAGGGUAUUCGGAAGAGCGCAUUGGACUCGUUACUGGAGAUCGUCCGGACUUUCUACGAUUUGAGCGAUCCCGCUGAGUGGCAACCAGGUCUCAAUGUUGUCGUUCCGUUGCAACAAAACGUGAAGGACCUCAUUACACAUGUUCUUCCUGCUCUCUUGGAUAUGUACGAGACAGAAGAUAACAAGUCCGUUGUUGCUGCUCUAUGUGUUGGCCUCGCUGAAACCAUCAACAAGGUUGGUCCUGGCUUCGUUGAAGGACGCAUUGAGGAGUUGUGUACUAUUGCCAUUCAAAUCCUUGAGCAGAAAGCCUUCUGCCAACAGGAUCCGGAUCAAGAUGAGGAAGAGGAAGCACCUGAGGCUCAGGCUGAAUACGACUCCGUCCUCAUCUCCUCUGCGGGUGACCUUGUUGCCGCACUCGCGAACGUCUUGGGUGCUGAUUUUCAACCUGCUUUCCAACGUUUCUUACCUCUCAUUGCCAAGUUCUACAAAACAUCGCGCUCGUUAAGCGAUCGUUCGUCUGCAAUCGGUUGUUUGGCGGAGAUCAUCACUGGCAUGAAGAGUGCUAUCACUCCUUCAACGGAGCCUUUACUCGAGUUAUUCUAUAAGGCUCUCGGCGAUUCGGACGCAGAGGUCCUGAGUAACGCCGCAUUCGCCGUUGGCCUCCUUGUUGAGCACUCCGAGAUUGACCUUUCCCCUCAUUAUCUCCAUCUUCUCGCUGCUCUUCGCCCUCUCUUCGUGGUCACACCUAAUUCACCCCCUUCCCGGUUAAACGCCAAAGACAAUGCCUGUGGUGCCGUCGCUCGCCUCAUCCUCCGAAAUGCCUCUGCUGUUCCCCUCGAACAAGUCCUUCUGGUCUUUGUCGAUGCUUUACCAUUGAAGAACGACUAUCUGGAGAACAGGCCAGUGUUCCGAGCCAUCUUCCAUUUGACAAGAACAAAUGGAGCUGCGCUUGGACCGUACAUGGACAAGUUACUUCAGGUCUUUGCUACCGUACUCGACCCCAGUGGUCCUGAUCAAACUGGGGAUGAAGUUAGGGGAGAAUUGAUUCAACUUAUUGGUGCCCUCAAUGCACAGGACCCAGCGAAGGUGCAAGCCGCAGGCCUGAGUCCGUUUGUACAUGGGGCAUAACGGUAGUUAAUGUGCUCUUUUUCACUUUUGUUACGCGACGACUUUUGCGACGGUUUUCUUCGUUUAUGGUACCACGCCCAUGACAUGUAGUUCCUUUCCUCGGAAAUGUUUUGAUAUCUACUACCUGCUGAGUACUAUACGUUUGUUUUUUGAUUUAGAAUACCUCUUGUUACAAGGGAAUAAUUUCGGUGAGAAAUGAACAGCCCAAGUUCGAAUUUGAUUCACAU